AUGGCGUCCAACAAUCGGCACCAAUUCGACGAGUCCGAGGACGAGGAGGAUUUCAAUCCUGCGCCGGCUGACAUGUCAGAAGAUGAGGAUGCCCAUGAUGGCUCAAGCCGAGCCCGGGACAGCAGCCCCAAUCGCCGCCAGGAUGCCGACGAUGAUGAAGAACUCACUCCGGCUAAAUCGCGAAGAACCCACGAUGAAGACGAAGAGGAGGAGGAGGAGGAAGAGGAAGAAGAGGAUACUCGUCGUCGCCAUGAUGAUGACGAUGACGAGGAAGAAGAAGACGAAGAUGAUGAAGACGAUGUUCAACAGGGCCAUCGCAGAAAGCGCCAACGCGACAGGCGAAAUGCCUUUAUCGAUAUCGAAGCCGAAGUCGACGACGAGGAUGAGGGUGAGGAUGAGGAAAAGGAUGGUGAGGAGAUAGAGGACUUUAUCAUCGACAAUGCCCACCCCGAUGACCUGGUCGAAAGCUCGCGACUUGACGAUGACCGGAGACACCGCGAACUCGAUCGCCGCCGCGAGAUGGAGUCUAGCCUGGAUGCCGAAAAGCAAGCAGAGAUCUUACGCCAGCGUUAUGGCAAUCGACGACCUGGCAAAAGCUUUGGCGACUCAGCCAUCGUGCCCAAGCGACUUCUUCUCCCUAGCGUGGAUGAUCCCAGUAUCUGGGCCGUGCGAUGUAAAGAGGGCAAGGAACGCGAAGUGGUCUUGUCUAUUAUGAAGCGAGUCGAAGAGCGACGAGGUACAAAAGACGAGCUGGCCAUUACCGCGGCCUUUGAGCGCGGCGGCCCAGAUUCGGUUAUGAAGAGCUUUGUCUACGUCGAGACCCAGAGGCAGACGGACAUUCUCGUGGCCCUCGAUGGCAUUCUCAACGUCUAUCCUCACUCUAAGCUGACGCUGGUGGACAUCAAAGACAUGCCUGAGCUUCUGCGUGUUACGAAGACACCGACGUUGGAACCCGGCGCAUGGGUGCGACUCCGCAGACCUCAGAAGCACAACGGAGACUUGGCUCAGGUUAUUGAUGUUACCGAGAACGGCCUCGAGGCAAGAGUUCGAUUUAUCCCCAGACUCGACUAUGGGAUGCGCGAUGAAGCUCUCUCCGCUGUGAGCGCAGAUGGAAAGCGGAAGAGGCCGCCGGGACUGGGCCCAAAACCCCCUCAGCGGCUCUUCAGCGAGAUUGAAGCACGAAAGCGCCACCCUCGUAACAUUCAGGGCAACCCGACAACCAACACUUGGACUUACAAUGGCGAGGAGUUCGAAAACGGAUUCCAGGUCAAGGAUGUCAAGAUUCAGCAGCUCGUAGUCACAGAUGUCAACCCGUCCCUGGAAGAGGUCACUCGAUUUGCCAGCGGUGCUGACGAUGGUACGGAGAAUCUUGACCUGAAGGCUUUGGCUGCCAGUCUGAAGGAUAGCAACACGCUAGUCACUUACCUCCCCGGCGACAUUAUCGAGGUGUAUGCCGGAGAGCAAAGAGGUGUUAUUGGAAGAGCUACCAAUGUGCAGGGCGACAUUGUUACAAUGUUUGUCACGGAGGGCGACCUCAAAGGCCAGAGCAUUGAAGUGCCCAUCAAGGGCCUCCGCAAGCGGUUCAAGAUUGGUGACCACGUCAAGGUGAUUGGCGGCAGCAAAUUCCAAGACGAAGUCGGUACGGUAGUCAAAAUCUCCGAAGAUCGCGUCACGCUGUUGACCGACCAGACGAAUAACGAGGUUACGGUGUUCAGCAAGGAUCUGCGAGAAGCCAGCGACAUUGGUGGGCAGGGAUCGUUAGGCCAGUACGAACUUCAUGACCUUGUGCAGCUUGACCCUACCACAGUUGGCUGUAUUGUCAAGGUGGAUCGCGAGUCCUUGGUUGUGCUGGACCAAUUCGGAGACACCCGCCAAGUCAUGCCAUCUCAAAUCCCCAACAAGCUGCCCAAGAGAAAGCAAGCGGUUGCUGCUGAUCGAGAAGGCUCAGAAAUACGCCUGGACGAUGUGGUCAAGGAAUUUUCUGGGCAGCAGCGCCAGGGCAAGAUUAUCCAUAUCCACCGAUCAUACGUCUUCCUGCAUACACAUGCCACCAACGAGAAUGCUGGUGUUUUCGUCACCAAGGCAAGCAUGGUUAACACAAUCGCUGCAAAGGGCGGUCGUGUUAAUGCGGCCGCCUCGGGACCUGAUCUUACGACUAUGAACCCGGCCCUGAAGAUUCACAAGAAUGGUACCGAGAACAAGCCAAUUGCUAAAUCCUUUGGCCGAGACCGUGCCAUCAACCAAACAGUCAUCAUCAAAAAGGGAGCCUACAAGGGCCUUCUCGGCAUCGUCAAGGACACAACAGAUACACACGCUCGUGUUGAGCUCCACACCAAAAACAAGACGAUUACCGUUCCUCGAGACUCGCUCAACUUCAAGGACAAGAAUACUGGCAUCAAUAUUGACAUCAAUGGCAGAGGAGGGCGAUCCGCAUCAGGAGGAGCUGGGCGCGGCUCUGGGGAUAGAGUCCCGGGCUGGCAGGGAGGCUCUCGCACACCUAUGGGCUCUGGCGGCUCAGACCGCGUUCCCGCUUGGGGAUCACGAACGCCUGCUGCGGGUGGUCGUACACCGGCGUGGAAGGGCCAAGACUACUCUGGGUCCCGAACGCCCGCUUGGGCAGAUGGAUCAAGAACUGUCAACCCCUAUGAUGGAAGCCGAACUGCCUAUGGAUCCGGCUCACGCACGCCUGCUUGGCAAGCUGGUGCUAGGACGCCAGCGCCGGGAGAUGCGUUUGGAGCUGGUUCACGGACUCCGGCGUAUGCUGGUGGUGGUGACAGCUGGAAUUCUGGUUCGAAGACACCUGCCUGGGGAGCCUCUGCGCCGACGCCGGGCGCCAGCGGCAACGACUCGUGGGGCUACACUCCUGCGGCCACAAAUUCAUCUGCAUACGAUGCUCCGACUCCAGGAGGCGCCAUGUCGGCCCCGACUCCUGGCGCUCUGAGUGCCCCGACUCCUGGUGCCUACAAUGCUCCUACUCCUGGAGUCGCGCCCACUCCCGCCGGUGGCUGGCAAGGCGGCUGGGGAGGUCCGGACUCUGCACCGACUCCAGCAGCAGGUGCGCCGACGCCAUCUGCAUCUGGAUACGCAGGCUUCUCAGCACCAACACCUUCUGCGUACGCUCCUGAAACGCCAGCGGCUAGCGGCCCGAGGUACACGGAUGAUGAUUGA